GUCUGCUUUUGUUUGACGUUUUUCAAGUAAACAUUGUUUUUUUUCUAAUUGCGAUUAUCUUUAAAUGCGAAAGAAGUAGAAUUAUAGGUUUAUUAUGAGCAACUCCGAUAGUGACGAUGAAAAUCCAAUCUUAUAUGGAACUCCUUUGGACCCUAUAGAAGAAGAUGAAGUACCAUCAAAACGCAAGUAUCAGCAACCACCAGAUCAGUAUGCUGUGGACAAUCAUGGUAGAAGAAGGUUUCACGGUGCCUUCACAGGUGGAUUCUCAGCAGGUUAUGGCAACACUGUUGGCACACCGGAAGGCUGGACCCCUAGUACAUUCAAGAGCUCUAAAUCUAACAAAGCUUCUAUUUCUGCACAGCGUCCCGAAGACUAUAUGGAUGAAGAGGAUCGUGGAGAGUUUGGUAUAGCACCACGGCAUCUUCAGACCAGGAACGACUUCACCGGUCAGAAGAGGAAACACCAUAGAUACCACGACGGUCCUAUACCUGGAGAGCCAGUUCUAGAGCAAUUAUUGAAAACUGUGCACGAGACGGCUGCCGUGAGGAUGCUCCGGGCAAUGGGCUGGCGGCCGGGACAGGGCACUGGUGAGAGAGUCACUAGAGAUGAAAAGAAAAAGAGGAAAACUCAACAACGCGUCUACGGGUGCUACAUGCCACCGGAGAUGAGGCAGAAUGAUGAAAUCGAGUCGGACACCAAUAGCUCGGAUUCGGAAUUCGAAUACGAUACACUAUUCGCGCCAGAUGACUAUGAGCCUUAUAUACUACAGCGUAAGAGCGAUCGUUUCGGACUCGGCUAUUCUGGUUUGAGCCGCCAUUCAGUGUUAGGCAGCCUUAGUGGACAAUACGGAGAAGGCGCUUCGAAGAGUCAUUUGGUUAUGAACGAUAAAGGGAGGAAGGUAUCAAUUAGAGGUCAAGCGUUCGGCGUUGGAGCAUUCGAAGCGGACGACGAGGACAUAUAUGCGACCGAGGACAUGUCGCAUUACGAUUUUGCCAUAGGUGGCGCUGCAGACAAGCCUAAAAAACCAGCGAACAAAGAGAAAGGAGCCAAUGUUCUAGAAGGUUUCGCAAAGGCGAGCAAGCCUUUGCCCCCCGUGCCGUCAUAUCCGCCGCCUGCGUUACCGCGCGACUAUAGACCGGUUGAAGCUGGAACUAGAAGAUCCAGGUUCGAACCUUCUGCAGCACCACAGAGAGACCAAGGUCUCGGUCGCCACGAACUGACAGCAGAAGCUAGAGGUGCCUUACUAGGUGAAGAACCCGUGCCUAAAUUACCAGAGCCACCACAAAUCGUUCAAAACGUUCCAGAAGACCCUAUAGCUAAAAUCACAGGCCGCAAUGUAAAUUUCAUUACAACAAACGACAUCAAAGAAACUAAAGAAUUAGAUUUUAUCCCUUUAAAGUGUGGGAAUGAAAUCCCGAAGACUUUCAGGCCUUUUAUGAGUGUACCUGAUAAACAAGCGCGAUACGAGAGGUAUUUGAAUGAUAAAGAGGCGUUUCUGAGAGAGCAGGACGGCAACAUGGACGCGGUCCGUGAGUGGGAGAGAGACAGAGAGUUGGUCGAGUUCGAGCAAGCGGCUAAGUUGUAUAAGCCGUUGACUGGAUUCAUGGGUGACAGAUUCACACAUGCGUCUGAACCAGACGACGGCGCUACGAAUCCACUGUGCGCUGUUGCCAAAAGCAAUAAUAGUUACGGUCUGGCAACACCAGAGCAGGUGGAGGCCGCGAGGAGGGGUGUUUAUGGCGUGAUGACGAGGAAAGAAACACCGUGGAGACCGGAGUCGUUAGUCUGCAAGAGAUUCAAUAUACCUGAUCCAAAUGUGAGGACUGAAACUAAAUCUGAGGAGAAGCCAAAAGUUUCAUAUUCAAUAUUCUCAUAUAUGGAGUCGUCUGUCCACGACAAAGACAGUUUCGCGAAAGAACAGCAAAAAUUCAGCGGCUCCAAAUCACUAAACCUCCCAAAGCCAACACACAACACUUUACCGCAAAACAAAACUAGUAUUAGUGACGAACGUAGUAAAGUUGAUAAUCCAACACCAUCCACCAGUGGUGACAAUACAAAUUUCAUGAAAAGAAUGACGGUAGCAGAAUUAUUUAUGAAGGAAUCGGAAAAAGAUUUAAAAAGCAAUGAAAAUGUCAAUGACACUAUCGAGAAAUUCGAUAAAAUGGAUUUGUAUAAGGCUAUAUUUCUCAGCGACAGUGAAAAUGAAGAUGAGGGUACACCAACUAGUACAGUAAACACAAAUCUGAAAGAACCAGAUGAUUUCAUAGACAAACCGAAAAAUUUAGAAAGGAAUACUUCGCCGCCCCGAGGUAUAUUUGCGAAUAUAGAUUUUGAUGAAUUAAAUUCGUGGCGAAGAAAUAUUCUUACAGAUAAAUGUGAAAAAGACGACAGUAAAAAAGAUAGCAAAAGUAAUAAAGAAGUUAAGGAUACGGAAGCUAACGUAGAAGCUGAUGUCUAUGGUCCGAAAAUUCCAGAAAAUCUACAGAAAAGAUUGGAAGGUGAGUCAGGGCAAGAUGGCGACUUUCGACCAAUAUUUCGGCGCAAGUCUGAUAUUGCUAAAGAUGUUGUUGAAAUAAAUACUUCUAGUUCAGAUUCGUGGGUUGAUAUUAAGGAAGUAACAGCCAAAAAGCAAAAGAAAAAGAAAAAGAAACAUAAAUCUAAACAUAAAAAAGGCAAGCAUAAGAAAAAAGACAAGUGAAUGUAGUUUGUAGAAAGAUUUAUUAAAAUUUAUUGUUUU